GUGAAACCCUCAACGAGUGAACACGUCGUGUCGUGUUAAUGCGGUGAAAAUUCGAGUAUUUCGCGAGAAAGAAAGGAUUUUCAUCCGUACUUCGGUGACUCCACGUUGUCCAGUGAAAAGAAAGUCCAUUGGACUAUAAACGAAAGCUAACUGGCAAUAUAGCUAAAUCGCUGUGCCAUCAAUCGACGUCAUCUCAAGUGAGGUGACACCACCUGAAGUGAAGAAGAAGAAGAGCCUGAUUUAGAAUUUGCGCUAAUACAGAAAAAUAAACUUUUUCCAUCGCAAUUACAGUUACACGUCUCACCAUAAUAAGGUAUACUUAUGCUCUUGUUGCUUUCUGUCAGUUUUUUUACCAGCGAACACAGCACCAACAAGCAACGAGAGACCCGGUAUUAGCAGUCUGUUGACAGUGAACACAAAUAAAAUAUUAUGUUGUCACAUGGUGUAAAUACGUAAACUAUAAUACGACCGGUUCGCGAUACCCUCAUUCCAACAUUGCGAUAUCGCAAACGUCAAAACAAGCUGCUGGAUUACGACAGUGUUAAUUGAGUUGUUUAUAAGGCGUAUUCUUAGAGCAUUGGGAUAAAUUCUGCACUACACAUCAAAGCGGUUGUAAUCCUUAUCAGUAGCGUAUUAAACUCGUGUUCACCGUAGUCUUUCCCUACAAACAUAUCAUUGAAUUCCAUUCGACAUCAAUCAAGGUACUUUAACCUAGAGCCAGAUUCUCAUUGAUGAUAAAUACUCAAUUGCCGCGAAUAUCGCACGACGUUACCUACUGUAGAAUUAAGUUACCAGUCAGUGAGCAUCCAACAAGCGAACCGAAUACAUUGAUUAGGUGACCAACUUUUUUGUGGCGUACGCUACGAAAACAAAAUGCAGCAAUGGCUAAAAAUAUCACUGUUGCUAUGUACGUUUGGCUUCCUGAAGGAAAUUCGUCCCAGUGAACCAUUUAUAGUAGAUUACUUAGCUGGACCAUGGCGCAAUAUAACGAUGACAGAGGUCGUCCAAGAAGUCUUCCCAAUCGGCACAUAUUCUUACUUAAGCCAGUUAGUUGUUAUUUUUCUAGUUACGGAUUUACUGCGAUACAAACCACUUAUUGUUGUGAAUGGCCUUGCGGGGGUAAUUGUCUGGAGUAUGCUGAUAUGGACUACCACACUUCAGGCACUCAAAAUAUUGGAAGUGUUUUAUGGUACUUACUGUGCGGUGGAAAUUGCUUACUACAGUUACAUAUACGCAAAGGUAGACCGAGAGCACUACCAAAAAGUGACAUCGCAUACUCGGGCAGCUAUAUACAGCGGAAAAUGUUUUGCUGGCGUUUUAGCACAGAUCUUAGUGUACUUCGAAAUAAUGGACUACAAGGAACUCAACUACCUUUCACUGGCGGCACAAAUAUCUGCUACUGUAUGGGCAUUGUUUCUGCCAUCGGUAAUGACUAGUAUGUACUUUCAUCGAGCGGCUGUAUCAACCGGAGUUGAUGAAUUUUUAGAGGACAAUGAAAGGAAUGAUAAUGGCAGUAUAGGUUAUACCAAAUCCAUCAGUAAGGUUCCGUUGAAACGAAAAUUCAUUUCCGCAUUUGUUUUAAUUUGGAUGCAUUUCAAAACAUCAUUCACGAAUCUUACCGUGCUGGAAUGGAGCAUCUGGUAUGCACUUGCUAUGGCAGGUUAUAUACAAGUAAUAGCAUAUGCUCAGGCACUAUGGAGUGAGGUAGAACCCACUCAGAGGGCAGUUUGGAAUGCUGCAGUCGAAGCGACUGUAACUUUACUUGCAGCUAUUGUUUCACUACUGGCCGGUUACAUACACAGUGGUUUCUUGAAGCCCAGAAGUAGUCUCUUUGCGCUGUCCGUGCUAUCUUUGGGGCAAGGUGCAACCAUAAUGCUGGCGGCAACCACCAAUCAGCUUAUUGUUUCAUAUCUAGGGUACAUGGCCUUCAGUAUACUGUAUGCCUUCACGAUAACCGUGGUGAGCGCCGAGAUCGCUAGGAACGUAUCCGACGAUAGUUUUGGAUUGGUGUUUGGAUUCAAUACGUUGAUCGCAUUAUCACUCCAGACAGUGCUGACGUUCGCAGUAACAGAUUCCGACGGAUGGUUUGCGCUGAACAUCUUUGAACAAUUUAUUGUGUACAGCUAUUACUUUGUUGCUCUUAGCGCUAUUUAUUUAGUAUUUUUGUUAGGUGAAAUAUUUUACAGAGUUUGGGGUAAAACGGAUUGACUUACUGAAUGCUGCUAUUACAUACAUUAGAGUAAAAUGUAGAUCAUAUAAAAAGACUUAAAUAGAUAUUCGCCAAAUUAGGAUUUGUUUCAAAUAGAGAUUACACAACACUAGUACAAAAUUGCUAUAGACAGGAUUGUGAUAAAUAUAGACUGAAAUUACACGCACUCUCAUCGGUAU